GCACUGACUGGCGGCACUGACUGGCACAACCCCUGGGCACUGACUAGUGGCACUGACUGGCAGCACUGCUGGGCUGCACUGCUGGGCGGCACUGGUGGGUGGGCACAGGUGGGUGGCACUGGUGGGCACAGGUGAGUGGGCACAGGUGAGUGGCACUGCUGGGCACAGGUAGGUGGCACUUCUGGGCACAGGUAGGUGGCACUACAGAGUGGCACAGGUGGGUGCACUGCUGGACACAGGUGGGUGAACUGCUGGGCACAGGUGGGUGAUCUGCUGGGCACAGGUGGGCGGAACUUGCGGGUGGCACUGCUGG